ACUCUGACAACAACCACACCGUUUCAAACACUGGAAACAGCCACACCGUCUCAAACUCUGACAACAACCACACCGUCUCAAACUCUGACAACAGCCACACCGUCUCAAACUCUGACAACAACCACACCGUCUCAAACUCUGACAUCAACCACACCGUCUCAAACUCUGACAACAACCACAUCGCCUCAAACUCUGGAAACAACCGCACCGCGUCAAACUCUGACAACAACCACACCGUCUCAAACUCUAACAACAACCACACCGUCUCAAACUCUGACAACAACCACAUCGCCUCAAACUCUGACAACAACCACACCGUCUCAAACUCUGACAUCAACCACACCGUCUCAAACUCUGACAACAACCACACCGUCUCAAACUCUGACAACAACCACAUCGUCUCAAACUCUAACAACAACCACACCGUCUCAAACUCUGACAUCAACCACACCGUCUCAAACUCUGACAACAACCACACCGCCUCAAACUCUGACAACAACCACACCGCCUCAAACUCUGACAACAACCACACCGUCUCAAACUCUAACAACAACCACAUCGUCUCAAACUCUAACAACAACCAUACCAUCUCAAACUCUGACAACAACCACACCGUCUCAAACUCUGACAUCAACCACACCGUCUCAAACUCUGACAACAACCACACCGCCUCAAACUAUGACAUCAACCACACCGUCUCAAACUCUGACAACAACCACAUCGUCUCAAACUCUAACAACAACCACACCAUCUCAAACUCUGACAACAACCACACCGCCUCAAACUCUGACAUCAACCACACCGUCUCAAACUCUGACAACAACCACAUCGUCUCAAACUCUGACAACAACCACACCAUCUCAAACUCUGACAACAACCACACCGUCUCAAACACUGGAAACAACCACAUCGCCUCCAAAACUAGCAACAACUACACCGGCUCAAAGAACUACAACCACAUCGCCUCAAACAACCACAAUCACACCGUCUCACGUCGGAAACAAUCACACUGGAAACAAUCACACCGUCUCAAACACUAACAACAACCACACCGGCUCAAAGAACUACAAUCUUACCCUCUCACUCAACCGCAAUUACACCGCUUCAAACACAAACAACAAUCACACCGGCUCAAACACUGGAAACAACCACAUCGCCUCCAAAACUAGCAACAACUACACCGGCUCAAAGAACUACAACCACACAGCCUCAAAUAACCACAAUCACACCGUCUCACGUCGCCUCCAACAAUCAUAA